CGUACAACAACCACCUUCCCGUUCCCCUGUUAAACCCCACCGCAGCGCACCGCACCUAUCCCGCACCGUAGCAACAGAAAGAAAAAAAAUCUCCUCCUCCUUCUCCUCCGCCGCCGCCGCCGCAAUGCAGCGCCUCUCCAUCGGAUCGCCGGGCUCGAGACCCAGCCUGGAUGCCGCCCCCGCCGCGGCCGCGGACGAGGCGGACGAGAAGGCGACGGGGAAGGCGGCCAGGGCGGCCGCGCCGGACAAGUCCAUCCACCUCGUCCCCCUCCUCACGCUCCUCUGCCUCCUCGUCCUCUUCCUCUUCUCCCACGACCCGGCCACUUCCCGCGCCAUCGCCGAUUCGCCGCCCGUCCUGGCCGUCACCGCCCGCUCCCUCGAGGCCACAGCGGACACGACGCCGUCGGUGGCUCGCGGCGGCGCGCACCAGCGGCUGAAGGCGGACCCGACGCCGCGCCGCGGGCGAAGGCUGGGGGCGCCGCGGCGGUGACGGCGACGGCGCGGAAUUGGGGAACGGGGAGGCUAAGGCUGGCCCACGUCCGCGCAAGCAGCUAGCCGUUGGAACGUACUACGACGCGUCCUCAGCGCACGUCUCUUUCUCUCCGCCCCCGUGCUGCGUCGUUGGUGGAACUUGAAUGGCCGCGAGCGUUCGUCUUCCUGUGGCCUCUAUGAAAUUGGGAUUAGAUUACCAGCCGCCCAUCGCAAUCGUCAAUCACCAUGUGUUCAUACCCCAUCGUCAUUCUUUUCCCUUCGGUUGUUCACCUGCCAUUGAUUCUGUGAUUCUUUUUCCGUAAUUGGUAGUACUGAUGAGGAAAUUGAUGGAUAGAAUUCUGGUUCA